AUGCAUGUGAACUGGACACUACUUCACAUGAUGCAGAUUAAGGUUCCCUCCUCCCUCAGUACAAGGAACACAGUGCAGGGAAAGGGGAACUUGUAGUUUGGACAUGGAGACAGACACGUUGAAUUCAGGAUUUGGAGGAAGGAAACAGAAGCGCAGAGGUGCUGUGCUGGGGACAUUCGCUUUCUUCUUGUUGCUGUGUGCAGCAGUCCACUUGGUCACCAAAGCGGCUUUCUAUGGGGAGAGCAAAAAACAGCGAGUUCGCAGGGACUUGGAGAAUGAAACACUUUGUAUUAUAUCACCAUCAUCAGAAUUUCCUAAUGGAUUUUUUACUGAUCAGGAGAGAAAAGAUGGAGGAAUUAUUAUUCAUUUCUUAAUCAUACUCUACAUGUUCCUGGCUGUGGCAAUUGUCUGCGAAGACUAUUUUCUCCCAUCCUUGGAAGUAAUCAGUGACCGCUUAGGUCUUUCUCCGGAUGUCGCAGGAGCAACUUUUAUGGCAGUUGGGAGUUCAGCCCCAGAAUUUGUCACAGUAUUUCUAGGUGUUUUUGUCACCAAGGGAGAUAUUGGAGUUAGCACAAUUGUUGGAUCAGCAGUCUACAAUCUUCUUGGAAUAUGUGCAGCAUGUUGCUUAUUAUCAUCUGUGAUUUCAAGACUGACUUGUUGGCCUUUGUUUAGGGAUUGUAUGGCAUAUGCAAUUAGUGUAGCUGCAGUAAUUGCCAUAACAUUUGACAACAAGAUUUAUUGGUAUGAAUCUGCAUCAUUGAUUUUAAUCUAUGGACUGUAUAUUGUGAUGUUGUAUUUCGAUAUUAAAAUCAAUCAAUUUAUAGUGAGCAAAUUCAGCCCUUGCUGUACCUGUUGUGCAGAAGUAUUAUCAGAAAAUACUGAGCAACAGCCAUUGAUUGGCUGGAAGGAAGAAACUGUACCAACUGUACGCCACCACUCGAGGUCAGAUAGUGGAAUAUUCCAGGAUUCUGAUUAUUCCCAACUCUCUAUAAGUUUGCAUGGACUACAUGAAGUCUCUGAAGAUUCUCCAAGUGUUUUCACAAUGCCAGAUAAUGAUUUGAGAAGAAUCAUUUGGGUCUUGUCCCUGCCUAUUAUUGCCUUACUAUUCUUGACUAUUCCUGAUUGCAGGAGGCGGGUUUGGAAAAGAUGGUUCGUGCUGACCUUUCUCAUGUCAGCUGUUUGGAUUUCUGCUGUAACUUAUGUUCUUGUUUGGAUGGUUACAAUAGUAGGUGAGACGUUAAAUAUACCAGACACUGUGAUGGGCCUCACUUUACUAGCUGCAGGAACAAGCAUACCCGACACUGUUGCAAGUGUUCUUGUGGCAAGAGCAGGAAAAGGAGACAUGGCCAUGUCAAACAUUGUGGGAUCAAAUGUGUUUGACAUGUUGUGCUUAGGAGUUCCCUGGUUUAUUAAGACAGUCUUUGUAGACAGAUCAUCUCCUGUAGAAGUGAAUAGCAGUGGAAUAAUUUAUACAACCAUCUCACUUCUAAUAUCCAUUGUAUUUAUCUUUAUUGCAAUACAUUUAAAUGGUUGGAAACUCAAUAAGAAGUUGGGUGUUGUCUGUCUGAUAAUGUAUUUGCUUUUUGCAACAUUGUCCAUCCUCUAUGAGCUUGGAAUUAUAGGAAACAACCCUAUACGUUCCUGUGGUGACUAGAACCUAAUAAACUUCUUACUUGCUUACAA